AUGAAGCUACUUGCAAUAUCGACCCUCUGCUCCCUGGUGCUCGCCUCCGCCGUGCCCCUCGCCUCCAAAUCCACGGCCCUCGGAGUCGCCCUCGCAGCAGCGCAAAAGUCAUGUCAAACGCCCGGAGGGAUCCAGAUCGCGAAUCUCGCCUGUCGGAAUACCGGCGGAGGCUGGACCGGGGGGUUCUGCGACGACCAGGGGAUCUGUCACUGUACCUUUCACAACUCAGAUAACGAUGAUGGGGAGGGCGAGAAUGAACAAGCCGAACAUGCUGAUGCUCCGGCAGGAUGA